CUGCAAGGCCGCGUCAUGACCAACAAUCGAGCCGAGCUGAUGGCCAUCAUACGUGCUUGUCAAUUGUGCCCUGAUCCAAAAGCUCAAUUGACCAUCUACACGGACAGCCAGUACUGCAUCAAGGUCAUCACACAGUGGCAGCGAAAAUGGCGAAAAGAUGGGUGGAUGACGUCGGGCUUGGUGUACAGACAUGGUGUUUUGCAGCCAGACAGCGCAGAUCCCAAGCCGGUGGUGAACAAGGACCUGAUCAGGAGAUUGGAAAAGGAAUUAAGGAGUCGAGAGAUUCGACCAGAAUUGAUUUACAUCAAGGGACACGCCGGACAUUUCGGAAAUGAGGCGGCCGACAAGUGAGAGUUGGCGAGCAAAUCCGAGAGAGGCUGCGAUCCUUGUUGAAGCCGCGCACGCUCAUCUGAUAUCUGCUGCCGCCCAUCAGACUUGCGGGGGAAGGUGCUCGCAAGCCGGCCAUACCAGAAGAAGAGUGGGAGAGCAUAGAGCCUUCUUCCUCUGACGACGAGCGAGUCGAUCGCCAUCGAGCCACGAAGAAGA